AUGUUGGCUCUCCUGCUACUGGCCCGUUGCCAGCACUACAAGCUUCCGGAAGGUGUCAUUAUGGGGAAGGAUUAUUAUAAAAUCUUGGGUAUAGCGAAGGGAGCUUCGGACGACGAAAUAAAGAAGGCGUAUCGUAAACUUGCUUUGAAAUAUCAUCCUGACAAGAACAAAGCACCUGGAGCCGAAGAAAAAUUUAAAGAAGUUGCCGAAGCUUAUGAAGUUCUUAGCGACAAAAAGAAACGAGAUGUUUACGAUCAGUACGGUGAAGAAGGUCUGAAGGGUGGUGUGCCUGGAGGAACUGAUGGAGGUUCAUCAUUUACCUACGCAUUUCAUGGUGAUCCUCGUGCCACAUUCGCUCAGUUUUUUGGUUCCGCCAGCCCAUUUCAAACAUUCUUCGAUUUGGGCGGCGGCGGUGGCCCCAGAAUGUUUGGUUUCCAUGACGAUGAUAUGGAAAUGGAUGACCCAUUUGUCAGUUUAGGAAUGGGCAAUGCAAGAAAUGCUGGACCUGGAGGCGCUUUCAGAUCUCAUUCAUUCAAUUUCCAUGGAUCGCCGAAUCGCAACAAAGAUAAAAUGCAAGACCCUCCAAUAGAACAUGAUCUUUAUGUUACUCUAGAAGAUAUCACUCGUGGUUGUACCAAGAAAAUGAAAAUUUCAAGGAGAGUUCUGCAGCCCGAUGGUUCAGCAAGGAAAGAAGACAAAGUGCUGACAAUAAAUGUUAAACCUGGUUGGAAAGCUGGCACCAAAAUUACCUUCCAAAAGGAGGGUGAUCAGGGCCGAAAUAAAAUUCCUGCCGAUAUUGUCUUCAUCAUAAGGGAUAAACCACAUCCCCUUUUCAAGAGAGAAGGUAGCGAUGUCAGAUAUGUUGCAAAAAUUUCAUUGAAGCAGGCACUUUGUGGUACUGUCGUGGAUGUUCCUACUCUUGGUGGUGACAAGAUUCCCAUCAACCUUACUAAUGAAAUCAUUAAGCCAACAACGGUGAAAAGGAUUCAGGGACAUGGACUGCCUUUUCCCAAGGAACCCAGUAGGAAAGGAGAUCUUAUAGUUUCAUUUGACAUAAAGUUUCCGGAUAGUAUGUCACAGAGUGUAAAAGACAUUUUAUAUGACACUCUGCCCAACUAGAAAAGACUGUACUCUGUGUUCAUAUGUAAAAAGUGUGUUUUGUGUGAACUCUGGAGUAAUAGCAUGUGCAAGAGUGAAAAGUGGAAUCUCGAUUUGUGUGUGUGUGGGUGUUAAAAGAAUGAGGAUCUUCAAGGGUGAAAUCAUCACUGCAGAUGUUUAGUUUCAUGAUACUCUGUAAAUAAUCAUUAAUUAGCAGUCACUGUCAUGGACUACACAAGUUUUUUAUCUUGACGUAAAGCAGACUCAAAACUACAGCAAUUGCUUUCAUUUCACAUAUAUAUUUUGUACGUUUUAGUACAAUGCUGAUGUGCACUUGUUGCUGCAGCUGUAAUAUAAGUCAUGAAAUAAAAAUUUGUACAAACUAGUUAACUUAACA